AUGGGCGAUGGGCGAACUGCGGAUGGAGGCGACAGACGAGGGAGGUUUGAGGUCGACGAAGCCGAGCAGCGCCCAGUCGAUGCGGAUGGGAAAAACGAUGACGAUAGAGGUAAACGACGUAUGGACACUCUGGUGCGCUGGGGGCGUACGAUCGGGGUAUGGGAACGGUACAGGUACGGUCAGCGUAAGUUUACGGCACGGUACGCGGGCAAGGUACGGUCAGCUGAGCUUAGUCAGUGGCCGUGGUGCGGCUCUGCUGGGUCUGAGUCAGCACAGCUCGCAGAAGCCCUAGUUCCGGCCCAGUUCGGAAGGAGGGAGGAACGGGAGUUUGUAUGGGGGAAACGGAAGGAGGGAAUGGGCCCUGCACGGUGCAAAUCGAAAAUCUGGGGACGAGAAGAGAAUUCAAGUCGACGGUGGUUGAUUGGCCUGGGGUCACUGGGUGCUGGCUGCUGGCUGCUGGCUGCUGGCUGGGAUUGGGGCGAGCAAGGUCGGGUUGCUGGGUCUUGCGGCGGGCGCCACAAGGCGAGGACAGGCCAAGUCUGGGUUGGAGUUCCAAGGAACAAGAGCAGUGGGAAGCCAGGCGGGGGAGCAGGGAAACAAGGAGGACUGGAGCAGGAGGACGCCGGGGGAAGGGUAUUGGGACAGUGGGUUAAACUUCAUUCAGUUCUAACGGGAUUGACGGAAGGGGGAAAGUCAACGAAGAACAGAUUUGUCAGAUGA